AUGAACAAUGAUGGAAUUGAUAAAGCUUCAAAAGAAAACUAUAGAUCUGGUAAAAGGGAUUCUGCAAAAGGACCACAAACUAUGGCAACAUCUUCAACAGGUGUAAAGCAAAAAAUAGAAUGGGUUGAAGUUAAAUCGAAGACUGGAAAAUUCUAUUACUAUAACAAAUAUAUUAACAAAUCAAUGUGGGAAAAACCUUCGGUAUAUAUGCCUUAUCAAGAAACAUCAAAGAUUGUGGAUCAAUCUUGUCAAAAUGGUAUUUCUAAUAGUGGAAAUAGAAUUUCAAAAGGCUCACCUAAAAUUAAACGUUUAGAUAAUGGAUUAAGGCCGAUAUUUGGUAAAGAUACUUCAUCAUUAAAUCAUCAAUCUUUAUCACAUCAAUCAGAUUAUUUAAAUAAAAGAAAUACUAAUAAUGUGGGAAAAAAUGAAAAUGGUUUUGAGUUAAAUGGUAGAAGAAAAAGUGUUGAAGAAAGCAUUACAUCAGGAAUACCAGUUAAAAAAUUUAGAUUAGAAGAUGGAGGUGCCAUUUCAAUAUCCGAAACAGAGUCAUCGAGUGCAAAUAAUACACCAAAGAGAGUUACUUCAAAAAUUAGUAUGGAUAACUCUAAAAACGGUUAUGAUUAUAAAAAAAAUAGUUUUUCAAGAGAUAAUAAUUAUCCUGAAACUCCUAAAACUCCUAGACCAAUGCCAAAAAGUAAAGAUUAUUUCUAUUCUCCUAGAUAUAGUCCAGUUCAUAGAGAUUAUAAGAAGAAAGAUUACAUACAUAAAAGGCAAAAAAGUUUAUUAAGAAGUCCUAUAAGAUAUCCGAAAAAUAACGGUCAUAGUAACACUAACAAUGGUAGUAGUUAUAGUAAUGAGUAUACUUUAAAUGAUAAUUAUGAUUCAGAUAGAAGUUUGGACGAUAACAAUAGAUAUUACAGUAUAAGAAAAGAGCUAGAUCGUUGUUAUUCAAGAUAUAAAUUUUAUAGAAGGCCUAGAAGUCGGAGUUUUGAGAGGCGUAGAAGAAGUUAUAGUAGUGAAGGUAGUUAUCAUUCUCCUAAACGUUAUAAAUCAACAUUAACAUCAAAACGAAAUUACCGUGAGAAUUCUUUAACACGAGGUCGUAAUUGGAAAACUAUAAAUGUUGAUGGCCAAUACGUCAAUGGGAAGUAUGAUGCAAAUAAAAUUAACAUGAAUAUUUCAGAGAUAGUUGAACGUGUCCGUAAUGGAUCAAUUAGUAAAAAAAUUAGAUCUCCAACACGAGAUUUUGAUGAAUAUAAAUCUCGUUAUUAUAAAACAUUACGUACAUCUAAAAGUCUCUCAAAAUUAGAUAAUGAGGAAAAAAUUUCAGACGAAAAUGCAAAAGAUCUCCAAAUCAAACGCUCAAAAUCAAUGCAAAAAAUGAAAGCUUUAUUUCAAGCAGAAAAUAUUAGUGACAUAGAUUCUCCAGCAUUGGAGGAAAAUAAUAAAGGUACAAUAUCUACAGAACCUGUUUCAAAAGACAUUGAACAAUCAAAAAAAACUGAAAAAGUAUUAACUGAAGGUUCAUUAAAUUCAUCUGACAAUAAAAAUGUUCCAAAAUCACAAAUAUUUGAUAAAAAAAAGAAAGAAAAAGUGAAAGGAUUAGUAGGUGAAAAAUCAAAAGAAAAGACUAAUUCUGAUAUUAUCAAAAUUGAAGAUGACCCUAUUAUGAAAGAAAUAGUAAUGAUGGAAGAAAAAAAAUUAGCACAUUUUUCUGAAACAUUUGAAGUAAGGUUAUGUAACAGGAAAACACUAGGUAAAAUAGAAGUUCCCCAGUAUGAUGGUAGGACUGAUGCAUUAGAUGACGCUUUGACAUUUUUAAAAUUAAACCUUCCUAAUAGUCUUAAUGAUAUCCAAUUAUUGCGAAAAGAAAUAGUUAAAAAAUCUUUAUUAGAAAAUGACAAUAUAAAUAUUAUCAAUAGAAAUAUAAUUUUAGAAUGUAAGAAAAAGGAUAAUGAAUUUAUAACAGAUUUAUACAAAGCUCACCUAGAAGCAGAAGUAUCUAGACAUAAAGUAACAUUUCAAGAAUUUUCAUCUGACUAUAAUUUUUAUCGUGCUCAGGUAGAAUUUGGUAGAGAAGUAGGGCAUAUACAUUAUGAUGGUUGUACAUGUCCUGAUGACUUGAAAAACUUUAGGAUACGUUCUGACGAAGAUGAAAAAUAUUACAAAUCUAUUAUGAAUACAUUUAAACUUAAAAAUUAUCCUAUAGAAAUGAAAGAACAGGUUAGGAAGAAUGUUAAUGAACUACAUCAAAGGUUACAACUAUUGUCAUGA